AUGUCGUCUCCGUUCCACCGUCGAUCUCAAUCGGAGGUACAUUUCCGAAUCCCCGACGACUUCGACCUUGAAAUGGAUCCCUUCGAUUUCGACGCCUCUCCGCUCCAUUUCCAAGAUCCACAACCACACGACGAUCUCCUUUCUUCCUACAUUGAUUCCGACAAUUCCGGAUCCAAACUCAAUUCUCCUCCUGCCAAUGCAGAUACCGGCAGGCCCGGUCACCGCCGUAGCAACUCCGCCGAUACAUCUUCUUCCAUGUUAUCAGAAGGAAUCGAAUCUAAGAAGGCUAUGUCCCCUGAUAAACUCGCCCAAUUGUGGACCGUUGAUCCCAAACGAGCCAAGAGGAUUCUGGCCAAUCGUCAAUCUGCUGCACGUUCGAAAGAGAGGAAAGCGUGUUAUGUUGUUGAGCUUGAGAGAAAAAUUCAUACUCUUCAAACCGAAGCAACAACACUUUCUGCUCAAUUAAAUCUUUUUCAGAGAGAUACAAGUGGUCUGUCUAGUGAAAAUACCGAGUUGAAGCUUAGGUUACAAGGCAUGGAGCAACAAGCCAAGUUAUGUGAUGCUCUAAAUGAAGCGUUGAAGAAUGAAGUUGAUAGGCUGAAGGUUGCUACUGGAGAGGUAACAACCCAUGCUGAUACAUAUGGUUUGGGAAUGCAUCAACUUUCAUAUUCUCAAGCUUCACCCUUCCUGCACCAGCCACAACAUGGUCAGAACGAACUUCGGGCCAUGCAAAUGCAGCAGUUUCAUCAUUCACUCUCAUCUAACAUAUCCUCUCCUCACCAGCCUCAGUUUGAUCUACCCACUUCAUAUGAUUUGUCAGAAUUGCUGUCAAGUGAUUCUAUCGGCCAGUUUCAGGGGCUGGACAUUGGCCACAGGGGGGUUUCUCAUGUUCUGAUGCCUGAUGGUCCCUCCAUUUCUGUUAAUAAAACCAACAACGCUUUUUGA